GCGUCAACGUCAAAAAUCAAAUUAAAAGGAGGCGUAUUCUUAUAAAUUAGAAUUGUACAUUUUCAAUAUCUUGUAACAAUGAUUCGUUUCAUCCUUAUUCAAAAUCGUGCUGGUAAGACACGUCUUGCUAAAUGGUAUAUGAAUUUUGACGAUGAUGAAAAACAGAAAUUAAUUGAAGAAGUACACGCAGUUGUUACUGUACGCGAUGCGAAACAUACCAAUUUCGUUGAGUUUCGUAACUUCAAAAUAGUGUACAGAAGAUAUGCAGGUCUAUAUUUCUGCAUUUGUGUGGAUGUAAAUGACAACAACCUUUGUUAUCUGGAGGCAAUACACAACUUUGUGGAGGUACUCAAUGAAUACUUCCAUAAUGUAUGUGAAUUGGAUUUAGUAUUCAACUUUUUCAAGGUAUACACAGUUGUAGAUGAGAUGUUCUUAGCGGGAGAGAUCAGAGAAACAUCUCAGACAAAGGUCUUAAAACAGCUACUGAUGUUAAACUCUCUAGAGUAAGCAUUUAUAAGGCUUUGAGGUUUAUGUUAAUGCUUGUAAGCUUAUAUAAGUAAAUGUUUAGAAGUUUUGCAAAUGUUACAUUAUUGUGAGUUUUCAUUGGCAACAAAGUUGUAGGCAAACAUGUUUGUUUUUUCAAAUAAUGUGAUUAAGAUUGAGUU